UCCAUAUUUUUACGUAUUUAAUUUGUGUGAUGCUUCAGUCAAAUUGUUUAUACUAUUUGUUUAGUCUCUCUGUUCAGAAUUCAGAUGAUUGAAAAUUUUACUGCAAUUUAUUUUCCUCGUUUUAUUUUGAGCUCUCUCUCUCUCUCUCUCUCUCUCUCUCUCUCUCUCUCUCUCUCUCUCUCUCUCUCUCUCUCUCAAUGGGAUUUGUUUUGUCGGUAUAGAUUGGGUUGUGUGUGUUUCUAUGGGUCAUGCAAAUGGCCCUUCACAUCAAAACAAGCCUCUACUUUCCUUUGGAGUAAUAUCCGAUGUCCAAUACGCCGAUAUUCCCGACGGCCACUCGUUUCUCGGGGUUCCACGCUACUACCGCCACAGUCUCCACGUGCUACAAAGAGCAGUGAACAGUUGGAACCAUCAAAAUCUCAAAUUCGCUAUCAACUUCGGUGACAUCGUUGACGGGUUUUGCCCUAAAGACCAAUCUCUAACUUCCGUCAACAAAAUCCUCAACGAAUUUCGUCUAUUCAACGGGCCCACGUAUCACAUGAUCGGCAACCACUGUCUCUACAACCUCCCCCGCGACAAGCUACUCCCAUUGCUAAAUAUCCGUAACCCUAAUUAUCUCGCGUAUUAUGAGUUUUCCCCGAUUCCCGAGUUUCGAUUUGUAGUCCUCGAUGGAUAUGACAUGAGCGCAAUCGGUUGGCCUAAAGACCACCCGAACACUAAAAAGGCCAUAAAUUUUCUCGCAGAGCGAAACCCUAAUUCGGACAAGAAUUCUCCGAACGGGCUUAUCGGACGGGAUAGAAGGUUCCUUAUGUUCAACGGGGCCGUUGGGAAAGAGCAAAUCGAGUGGCUUGAUCGAGUUCUUGGAGAUGCAACGAAGUUGGAUCAAAAAGUGGUGAUAGGGUGCCAUUUACCGCUGGAUGCGGACGCGUCGUCCAAUGAAGCAUUGUUGUGGAACUAUAACGAAGUGAUGGAUGUGGUUCAUAGGUAUAGUUGCGUAAAGGCUUGUUUGGCGGGCCACGAUCACAAAGGCGGAUACUCGGUCGAUUCUCAUGGGGUCCACCAUCGGAUUCUUGAAGCGGCUUUAGAGUGCCCACCUGGGACGGACUCUUUCGGUCGUAUCGAUGUUUUUCACGACCGGUUGUUGCUAUGUGGUGAAGAUAGAUUGAAGACUCAUGAAAUGGUGUUUUAGUUGAU